AUUCGGGCUCCAAAAUGUUUCAUUGUUGUUCUUGAAGUUGGAGUCAUUGGGAAUUGUCGUUCGUUCGUCCUUGAAGUCGUUGUUGCCAUUCUCGAAGUUGUUGUAGAUACUGUCUUUCUAG